AUGUCUCCCAAGGAUAUGUCAUUCGCAAGGGCAUUUGACGAGCUCUUGCCACUCGAAAUCAAGCAGAUGAUCUUCAAAUGGGCAGCGAGCGACAACAGCAGCGAGAUCCAGAUCAGGCUUUUGCACGAUAAUGAAGGCCAGCUUCAUGCACCAGCUGUCGACCUCCUCGCGAAAUUGAAGGAACAGUACUCAGCCAAGGCGUAUUAUCAGGCCGUGGAGUAUCUUACAGGAUCAACGUUUCGGUGGACCUUCAGCAGCGAUACACAGCCACAUCGAUACCUUCUCCGUGCUUUCCGAAAUUCGGUCCCCAUGGAAGUUCGACAGCGAAUCAAGCAUGCCUACCUACCUCGAGUCACUGUUAAAGGUCUUAUCAAUCCGGACACCCUGUCUACAAGCCUCGAAGAUCUCCAAAUGAUGGAAGUGGGCUCACUGCUGGACUAUUCUGCUUACUUCACACGACUGGGUGCGAAAGCAACCUCUGAUGACGCUUCGAUCGUCAUGAAGAUCAAGCGGGACAUCGCAGGAGGGAUAUCAUUGCUACCCCACAUACUACCUUCGCUCGAGAAACUGGAUUUGGGUCUCGAUGUCAUUGACUGCUGCCAAAUCAAUCCGAGGGUUCUCGCGCUGUAUCGUCCUCUGGGUGAAAUCUUGGGCUUGCUUCGCUAUGGACCACUUACAGUUGGAUUGGGAGCACUUGCGAAUCUCAAAGAUGUUACCAGACUUGAUGUCCGCGUUUACUGGAAUGACUUCCUGCAUAAAGGACAAUUGUCCAGACGCGACUUCAUUAAGGCAAAUGAAACGCAAUACCGCGACCAUAUCAUGAAGACCUUGUGCCUAAGUCUUCCUGCUGCGAAGAGCAUCGUCGGUCACCCGGAGGAUCCGCCCGUCUGA